AUGUUGUACUUAUCCUGGAUCGCAUGCGUUACCGCCAUCAUUCCCUUGGCUACUGCCGUGUGCUGCCAGGGACCGACGACUGGCUCGUGCGGCGAUGGCACGAAUGGUACACCAUGCUGCGCACACGGAAAAUGCAACAUAUUCUGCUGCAACUGUGAUGGCGGCUGUCGAGGCCGCUCGAUGAAGCGGGACCUUCCACUUGGACUGGCUGAACGUUCAGACUCCAUCAAGACAUCUUUCAUGGAAGCUGAUACGGAAGGUGCGGGCAGUAUCACUGUGGACCGCUACCUGGAGUAUAUGGGGGUAACUGGAGACAACGAGGUAUGGGUCAAGUGGUUUGAGAAGUAA